CCCAGCCAAGAUGGGCGGCUUCCGGCGGCGGGGCGAUGGCGGAUGAGGCGGCGCGGCGGGCGGUGGCGGAGCUGCCGCUGCUGCGGACGGCGGCGGGGCCGCGGGACCGGGAGGGGUGGGCGUCGCGGCUGAAGGAGGAGUACCGUGCCCUCAUCCAGUACGUGGAGAACAAUAAACGCGCCGAUAACGACUGGUUCCGACUGGAGUCCAACGCCGAGGGCACCCGGUGGUUCGGGAGGUGCUGGUACAUCCAUGAGCUGCUCAAGUACGAGUUUGGCAUCGAGUUUGAGCCAUGGCUGCUGAGCACCCCCACCCUCAGCGUAGGGCCUGCACCCCCUGUGGCACGGGAGCUGGGAGAUGGCUGCCUCGCCACCCGCCUGCUCCGAGCGGUGUUUCGGUAG